AUGGCAGCAACCCGACCCUUAUGCCUCAUCUGCGAAGCAAUCGAAGGCAAAUACAAAUGCCCUCGCUGCAACGAGUACACGUGUUCUGUCGCAUGUUCUCGGGAGCAUCGCGAUAACCAUCCCGAUGUCGAGGCUGCAGAUACUACUGCCCGAUCGUCAACUAUGUCCAACUCGGCGCAGAGCUUUCUCGCUCCUUCGGAGCAGAGUAACUCUACUACUGCUAAUGUCGAACUGAACAGCGUCGCCGACAUGCCGGAAUAUCAAGACCUUGUUCAGAGAUACCCCGUGCUCAAGCAGCUUCUUUGGGAUAUUGCAGUGGCCACUGACCCCCCUGUAUCCGACGGGCAUGGAGGUGGUCUUAGUAACGUGGGGCUACCGGGGCCCAGACCUGCUUACCGUAAGAACAACCAGCCCUGGACGAAGGAUGUCGGCAUGGAGCACGGCCUCGACGCACUGCAACAAGCCAAGCAUUCUCCGACUGCCGCUAGAGACGCCAUACGGGAAUUCUGUGACCUAGUCUCGAUGUUCAAAUCCAGAAAGAAGGACGAGGACGACUUCCGAAAGCAGCUUCUGCAAGCUGAUGCCAAGAUCAUCAGCCGGCUGAUGAAGGAGGAAGAUGCGGCUUAA